AUGGCACCGGUGGUCUUUAAGAUCGGCAUCACCUGCACGCCGCUCGUGCGUUGGCGCGCCUACGACAGGGAGGGCUACCAACAGAUGCACUUGCUGCAUGUGACGGAGGAGCCUGGAUUGGUGCAGAUGCUCGAGGCAGCACUGAUCUCGGAGUUUCAGGGCAGAUCUGGGUGCCGAAACGUUGCGAAAGGUGGAGAAGGCCCGGUGGGGCGGGGCCCCUACUUCGCCUAUUUGGUGGUGGUGUCCUGCGGCGGGGGCGAGCUUCUGAAGAAGCCCCGCAGGACAGCCUGCAAGACCGCCGCAAAGCCCGACGCGAAAAGGUUUCUUCCGAUUCUGCUGGCCCUGGCGGCCGCAGAUGAGCACUGCCAGGCCUGCGAAGAGUCUCAGGCUCCCAGCAUCCUCCAGAAGGACAGCCGGCUGAACCGGCUGGAGACCCUCGAGUCACAGGCGCCGCUGGAAACUGAAGCUCUGCCGGACCCCCCGGCACCGAUGCCCGGCCUCUCGUCAAGCGAGCCGCAAGCGGUGUCGGCUCUUGGGGGCCAGCCAAUGCCGCAGCCAGCGCAGCCACAGCCAGCGCAGCCAGCGCAGCCAGCGCAGGCGCCAGCGCAGCCUGCGCAGGCGCCGCCGCAGGCACAUCCAGCACCAAUGCAGCCAGGGCAGGCUGCACCCGUGCAGCCCCAACAGGCCCAAGUGCCGCAAACGCAGCAGCGGCCUAUGCAAUUCCAGCGCCCCAUGCCAGCGAAUCACAUGCAACCGCUGGGUGAGCAUCCGGUGAGCAUGGGCGCCAAGGCAACUCCGCAACCAGUGCGUUGGCACUGGUUGGCCUUUAUCGCCGUGGUCACCCUUGGCUCGGCUGUGAACAUGCUGUCGCAGACGAGGUAUUUUCCCAAAUGGGUGGCCGGCGGCAAAGCCGGGGCGGGUCAGGACGUCAUCGCAGGCACUGAGCAAGCUGCCGCGAAGAACCUGAUUACCGACAACUCGCACCUGGUGAAUGGCAUCAAAGCCCCAGAGCAAGCCGCCAACUUCUUGGACCUGAUCCCCGACGGCGAGGGUGUGGCCAUGUGCCGUGACGGCGCGUCUCCUGAGCCGGUGACCUACCGCCAGCUCCGCGCCCAACUCCAGGACCCGGACUUCGGGUCCUUCUUCGGAGCGGAGGACCGGGUGGCGCUGGUCCUGGAGAACGGCAAGCAGAUGGCGGUCACUCUGCUGGCGGUGAUGCACCGCGCUUGUGCGGUGCCUUUGAACCCCACCUUUACGGAGGCGGAGAUCUGCGCGAGCCUCGAGCAGCUCCAGUGCUCCGUGGUGAUCACCGCGGCCAACAGCCCCGCCACCAGCGCGGCCACCGCGGCCGCGGCCAAGCUGAAGCUCCGGCUGCUGCUGCUCCAUGAGGGCACCGACACCGUGUUGCGCCUCGAGGGCGCGGUGGCGCAGCCUUCCGCGGCUAAGGAGUUGGGGCUCCAGCGCACCGUGCUGCUGCUGAAAACCUCGGGCACCACCUCCAAGGGCAAGGUCGUGCCAUUCUCCCUGCGGCGCCUGUGUCUGGCGGCCCGGUACAACGCCCGCUGCGUCGAGCUGGCCCCGGGCAGCGUUUGCUUGAGCAUGAUGCCUUUGUACCACAUCGCGGGCAUCUCCGUGAACUUCCUUGCCUCCCUCAGUGCGGGCGCAGCCAUCCUUUUCUACUCCGGCCAGUUUGAAGUGACGCGCUUCGUCAAAGAGCUGGAGCGCGAAGACGAGCUUCAACCCACCUGGUACUUCGCAGUGCCCGCGGUGCACGAGGCGGUGCUGAAACGAGCAGCAGAGUUAGGCCGGCCCUUGAAGCACCGCGUGAAGGUGAUCCGCAGCGCUGGGGCGGCCAUCUCCCAGCAGAGCGGCCAGAAGCUCAUGGAGCUGUUCAACUGCGCAGUGACACCCGCCUAUGGCAUGACGGAGGCCUUGGAAAUCACCUGCCCCUCUGCACAGUACAAGCUCGAUCGGCCCGGCUCGGUGGGGCCAUCCAUCAGUGCAGAGAUCAAGCUCAUAGAGGGAGAGGUCUGCAUUCGAGGGGACCUGGUCAUGGAAGGCUACGAGCACCGCGGCGCCAACGACGAGGAUCCCAACAGCGAUGCUUGGACCGGCGGCAGCAAGGGCGCCGGCUACUUGCGGACGGGCGAUCUGGGGCACAUGGACGAGGAUGGCUGGCUGUACCUGACCGGCCGCAGCAAGGAGAUGAUCAAUCGCGGAGGUGAGACCAUCAACCCUCACGAGGUGGAACCCGCGUUGGCGAAGGUGCCAGGCAUCGAGCUGGCGGUGUGCUUCUCCGCACCCCACCAGGCACUCGGGGAGUGCAUCGGCGCGGCGCUGGUCUUGCAGGAGGGCCUCGAACCGUGGCAGCUGCAGCCCAAGGACAUCCUGGCGCGCUGCGAGCAGGAGCUUUCUGAGGUGAUGCGGCCUGAGGUGUUCGUCUACCUCCCGCGGCAUUUGCUCCCGACAACUGCAACCAAGAAGUUCGUCCGCGCUGGGCUGGUGCAGAAGCUUGGUCUUACAGACCUGCUCACCGGCCAGGGUGGCACCUUUGCGUACAACGGCGCCUCCUUCAAGUCCUGCGACUUUGCGCUGGGCGCGGUGCGGGACUCCCUGGGCCAGCUGCGGGAGGCCAACGCCAAGGAGGCCGCAGAGCAGCAGCUCAAGGACUGCAUCUUUGGCGUGGGCAUUCUGCAGGUUGUGAUGAAGCACUGGUUCGAGGGAAGGUUUGCCCCAUGGGUGUGGUCCUACUUCUUUCCCGCGAUGACCGAAAUUACGGGGGCCAACAUGGUCACCAUGACCCUCUUCUUCUUACUCAGCGGCCACACCGCAUCUGUCGCUACGCGGCCGCAUUGA